AUGAUGACAUCAAUCACAUACGAAAUCGACCCUGGCGGCGAUGUUGAACUUGUCUUGGAAUCUCCAAACAAACAGCAAAUUGUGCCAAUCAUCAAAUACAAAGAGGAUGAGAACUACCGUGUGUCCAUGUUUGACGGCGACAGCGAUCAUUUUUUCGAAAACUCGUUCCUUGUUGGAAGGUACGCCGUCUUCAACAUUGAAGAAGAAGAUCAUGCCAUGGAAGAAGAUGGUCAGGAAACAAACACCGCCAACUCUAGGAGCGAUGAGCUCAUCGAAGUCCGGAUGCGCGUCUCCUCUCGACACCUGAUACUCGCCUCUCGUACGUUCCGCACUAUGCUGGAGGGGCCGUGGAGUGAGAAUCUCUCUCGGGCCUCUCAAUCUCAAUCUGGCCCUGUUCAAGUCGUGACCUCUGACUGGGACGCUGCUGCUCUGGCAAUUGUCUUGGAUGCCAUUCACGGGCGUUAUCAGGAGAUUCCGAAGAAUGUCAGUAUUGGACUAAUGACCCGAAUCGCUACCAUAGUCGACUACUACGAAUGUCACGAAUGCCUCCAGCUUAUAAGCGACAUAUGGAUCAGCGAUGUUUACGAAGUACACGGAGUUGCUGAUACCUUUUGUAAGAGCAGCCUUUUAUGGCUAUAUAUCUCUUGGGUGUUUUCGAAGCGGAAUAUCAUGGACCCCACAUCAAGGAUGCUUCUACAAGAAACCCUGGAUCUCUCACAAAUUGAUUUGAAGGACCUCCCUCUUGGUCAAAUCCUCGGUUUGAUAUCCCAAUACAGGCUCAUCAUGAAUAUAGCGCUGACGCAAGACAGGAAAAAUUGA